AUGUUCAAGCGACUCAGUAUCAUGAAACUACUAUUGCUCUUCCUUCUUUCCAUUGCUCUGGUUAAAUCUGGCGACCCUGCAGACUAUGAUGAAGAUGAGGCAACUGUUGCACCACCGAUUGAAAAUAAAGGUGACAUUGCACGAGGACACAGGCCAUUGAACAAGAAAUGGGAGGCACUUCCGACUCUCAAGCCAGCUCCUCUUCCUCCGGUUGGUGGUAUAAGGUAUCAAGCUCGUCCAACCAAAAAACCUGUUACUGGUGCAAAGCAAGAGCCAAUCGUUUACCCUGAUAGCGGAGGCUGCAAACACUUGGCAGAGGAACUGGGUGUAUUAUGUCCAACUGGUUGUGAGCUGAGAACUGAACUGUUGAAGCAAGAAAAUACAGUGAAGCCAACUCUUAAGGAGCUAAGAGACAAAGCACAGAACCUACACCAGUCCUCUACGACUAUUAAUAAUUAUGCCCAUUUAUUGGACGAACGUUUAGCCAAAAGACAGAAACAAUAUACAGAUAAUCAGAAUUUAAUUUCCCAAUAUAACAGAGAACUUGAGGAACACUACAUUUACAUCAAAGAGCAAUUAGAUAACAGUGUUCCAUCCAGUUUACGACUUCUUCGUUCAGUUGUGGAUACUUUGAACAAAAAAUUACAAAAACUAGAAAACGCCAUUACAACACAGUUGUCUGAAUGCCAAACCUCUUGUACAGUUUCUUGCAAUAUCCCAGUAGUGAGUGGCAAAGAGUGUGAAGACAUAUAUAGAAAAGGAGGUGAAACGUCUGAGUUGUACCUUGUUCAGCCCGAUCCUUUCUUUAAGCCAUUCAGAGCGUAUUGUGAUAUGACUACAGAAAAUGGAGGUUGGCUUCUAAUUCAAAACCGCCAAGAUGGGAGUGUUGGCUUUGGAAGAAAAUGGGAUGCAUAUAAAAAAGGGUUUGGAAAUAUUGCUUACAGUGGUGGUAAAAACUACUGUGACACCCCAGGUGAAUAUUGGCUUGGAAACGACAAAAUCAAUCAGAUUUCCAAAUUGGGGCCUACUGAACUUUUAAUUGAACUGGAAGAUUGGGAAGGCGCUAAAGUUAUGGCCCACUAUAGAGGCUUCAGUAUUCAGAAUGAAAACAGCAAAUACCAGCUCUCUGUUAGUAACUACAGGGGUACAGCUGGAAACGCACUUUUAGAAGGAGCUUCACAGCUAUUUGGUGAAAACAGGACAAUGACAAUCCAUAACGGCAUGUUCUUUAGCACUUUUGACAGAGACAAUGAUGGAUGGAUACACCCAGAUCCCAAAAAGCAAUGCGCUAAAGAAGAUGGCGGUGGAUGGUGGUAUAAUCGUUGUCAUUCAGCCAAUCCAAAUGGCAGAUACUACUGGGGUGGACACUACACCCCAGAAAUGGCAAAACAUGGAACAGAUGAUGGAACUGUGUGGAUGAGUUGGAAAGGAUCCUGGUAUUCACUCAAAGAAGUGAGCCUGAAGCUGAGACCAAUUUCCCAGUCUUAG